AGCAGUAACGUUUAAGUUUCUGUUUUGCCAAACCGAGACCAGGAGUGUGGAUCCGGACGUGUGGUCUCCUGCUGCACACACAGCGGGUGGUGCUCCAGAAGAUCCGCGUGGAUGGGUGACGAGGAGGCGACACGCAGCUGCGGCACGUGCCACAAAGACGUCGCGGAGGCCAACUUCGCUCUGCAUGAGACGCACUGCAGACGCUUCCUGUGUCUCUGUCCCGACUGCGAUGAACCAGUUCCCAAAGAGCAACUGGACCAACACAGGGAGGAGCAGCACACAGAGGUGAGAUGCUCCAAGUGUCACCUGAAGAUGGAGCGCCGUCACCUCGUGGAUCACGAGUCCGACCGGUGUGAGGAGCGGCUGCAGAGCUGUCACUACUGCCAGCUGGAGCUGCCGCACAGAGACCUGGACCAGCACCACGUGGUCUGCGGGAGCCGCACCGAACUCUGCAGGGACUGCAACCGCUACGUCACCCUGAGGGACCGGCCCGGCCACGGCGACACCUGCUCGGCCACCGGCUGCUCGGCCACCGGCGGCUCGGCUCCUCCUCCUCCUCCUCCUCCUCCUCCUCCUCAAACCGCCGGCAAGCUGCCGCCGAACAACACCAAAUCAACGGCGACCUGUGGGUGCUGCAUGGCGUCGUUUCCAGCGGCGGAUGUAGAGCAACACGAGCUGGAGUGUCUCCUGGCGAGCAAGUUGAUCUACGAAGAGGAGGAAGAGGAUGAAGACGAGGAUGAGGAUGAGUUCCCCGAGCAGAGGGCCACCACUUGGCUAUCGAGGGGCUUCCAGGGAGGCUCCCUGUGGGACCGGCCCCGCGGAGGAACCGGGGCCGGUGCAGGCGACCCGGACCGGAUCAGCACCUGUCCCCACUGUCACCUGGCGCUGCCCGUCGUCACGCUGCGCUGGCACGAGGUGAAGUGCCGAAUCGUCAUUAACUUGAGAUGAAGAGAGUGAGAGUGAUAGAGAGAGAGAGAGUGAGAGUGAGUGAUUUAAAUGAGUCAGAAAAAACAUGUUGAGCAAUUUUCAAUAGUUGAUGUAAAAAAAAAUUGAUCAGUUGCUGCUGAAGUUUCCAUUAAAAUAAAAAUAUUGUCAUGUUAAAAAUCUG